AUGGCGGAACAGACCGAGAAGGCAUUCUUGAAGCAGCCGAAGGUGUUCCUUUGCUCGAAGAAGUCGGGAAAAGGGAAGGCUCCGGGAAAGGGAGGCAAUCGCUACUGGAAGAGCAUCGGAUUAGGGUUUAAAACUCCACGCGAGGCCAUCGAAGGCACGUACAUUGACAAGAAAUGCCCCUUCACCGGCAGUGUAUCCAUCAGGGGCCGUAUCCUUGCUGGAACAUGCCACAGUGCUAAGAUGAUGAGAACAAUCAUUGUUCGACGCAACUACUUGCAUUGGGUCAAGAAGUACCAGCGGUAUGAAAAGAGGCACUCGAAUAUUGCAGCGCACAUAUCCCCAUGCUUCCGUGUGAAAGAGGGUGACCAUGUAAUCAUUGGCCAAUGCAGGCCAUUGUCGAAAACAGUGAGGUUUAAUGUCCUUAAGGUGAUACCUGCUGGAUCAUCUGGUCGUGGCAAAAAGGCCUUUACAGGAAUGUGA